GAGAGAGAGAGAGAGGAGGGACGGACGAGAGGAGAGAGAGAGAGAGAGAGAGAAAACGCCGGGACGGAAAUAAAACAAAGAAGAAGAAAAAGGACUGAUGGUGUCGUCUGAGAGACGGACGAGAGACACCGAGACAGACAGACAGACAGAGAGAGAGACAGACAGGAGGAGGCUGUAACUGUCUGUCAUCUGGGCCUGUGUGUGUGUGUGCGUGUGUGAGUGUGUGUGUGUGUGUGUGUGAGUGUGUGUGUGUGUGUGUGUUGGAGGGCGAUCAGCUGAUUGGACCACACAUGUUGGAGGGCGGAGCCAUGAUGGGCAAAGAUUACAUGUUGGCCAUCCUCAUAGUCAACUAUGACGACAACAUCUGGACGGACCAGAACCUGCUCCUGGACCCGGACCUCCCCACCGGCUGGAGAACCAUCAAGGACUCCACAGGAACGUAUUACUGGCACGUUCCCACCGGCGCCACCCAGUGGCAGCACCCCCGCCUCAGCAGCACGCCACAGCUGCUCGACACGCAGCAGGAGGAACCUGCACAGCCGAGCUCCAACGGAGAGACAGAAGGAACACCUGAGGGCAGGGCUUCGUGGCACGAAGAUUAUCUCACAAACCACGACCCGAACGCCAAGUGUUUCGCGGUGCGGUCCCUGGGCUGGCUGGAGGUGGAGGAGGAGGACCUGUCUCCCGGUCGCAGCAGUCUCGCUGUCAGCAACGUCAUCCAGCAGCUGUCUCACUGCAGCAGCCCCGAGCAGAGAGACAGGCAGGGGGCCUGGGGCGAGGGUCGGGAGAUGGUUCUGGUUCUGAAGAAAGACACUCUGACCCUGUUGGACCCGUUAGACCACACCCCCCUGCACUGUCAGCCAAUCAUCAACAUCCGUGUCUGGGGGGUGGGCUGCAACAACGGCAGGGACUUUGCGUUUGUCGCGGGCGAUAAGGACAGCUGCGUGCUGAAGUGUCACGUGUUUCGCUGCGACGCUCCGGCCAAAGCCAUCGCCACGGCGCUGCACGAGAUGUGCUCCAAGAUGAUGUCAGAGAAGAUGUUAAUGAGGCCGUCUCGCUCUCUGACGAUGGACAGCAUCUCACCUGAAGACCUGCCCAGACAAGUGGAGUUUCUGGAGGCGGUGCGGCAGCAGGUCCAAAAGUUUGAGGUCCAGUACAUCGGAAACCUGCCGGUGUCCCGAGCCAUGGGUAUGGAGGUGCUGAACAGAGCGAUAGAGAGCAUCAUGAACUCGACGGACAGAGACGAGUGGGAGCCGACGGUGAUCCACGUCACGGAUAACAUCCUGUCGCUGUGGCGAGGAGAGGAAGGGGAGGAGCCUCUCUGGGAGUGUCAGGUGCGUUUCCUCACCUUUCUGGGCGUCGGCCAUGACAGCCACACCUUCGCCGUGAUCGUAGACGGCGGCACGCAGCGAUUCGAGUGUCACGUGUUCUGGUGUGAACCAGACGCAGGGAUCCUGUCUGAGGCCGUCCAGGCGGCAUGCAUGGUCCAGUAUCAGAAGUGUCUGGUGGCUCAGACUCCUCCUCCGAGGUCCAAGUCGUGGCGUGUGGCGCCGACGAAGGUCAAGCGAGCGAACUCGAUGGACGCCUUCCCUCCCAUCACCUCCCGUCUCCACGGCAGCAGCAGCGGCACCGUGAUGUCGCCGAGGAUCGGGAAGGGCGCCGCCAGCGGCAACGUGAAGAAGGGGAUGUUGGCGUUCUUCGAAACCUUCCGGAAACAGGCCGCCACCUCAUAAUGACGGGGGCGGGGCCACCAGAGGUGCGUGUCGCCGCUCGUCCGGGACUGAAACGUGUUUCGCCUCGACCACGAUGGCGCCUCUGGCGGUCCGACCGGCUGAUUCUGCCGCCUUCACUUCACCAGCGACGCCCCGGAGACCGCCGGAACACACCUGAACUCUCGCGAUGCUAACGUGAUGCUAACGUUAGCAUGGACCAGGAACAUUAAACAACCUGUGGAACAUGCGAGCAUGAGACAGCGCUCUGACGCUCAAAACUCUCAUCGUAUUUAACUUCUCAGGACGAUCGGGUCGUGAGUUUAUGUUAAAAAAGAAGAAGUUCGGAUAUUAACGAUAAAGGAUUAUAACGAUUAUUAGAAUUCGCUGUUUAGCCGUUUUCCCACCGUUUCGCUGUCAUGUGACGAUGAGUCGACCCCCGACCCGAUUAACCUCAAACGUCCCGUCAGAACGAGAGAAGAAGAAAAUGUUUCCUGUGUGUUUUGCUUCAAGCUUCAUAUUUAGCGCGUCGGGUUUUAGAGCUGCAGUUUGUGAUUCUGACCACCAGAGGGCAGAAAUCAUGAUUCUUCUUCUGCGUCAUCGAGAGAAAACACGUUUAUUUACCUGUCAGAGAAAACAGACUGAGAAUAUUCACAACAAAGUUAUUAUUAAAGUCAAAAUGUGAUUUUUUUAGUCGUAACAAUUUGACAAACAAUUUUGAAGUUUUAAUGACGAUAGAAAUUAUUUGGAAUAAUUAUAAUAUCAUAUCAUAUCAUAAUAUUGAAGGAAAAAAAAUCAUUAUGUUUUGAGAAAAAGACAUCAUCAUUUACAAAAAAAGUCUUAAUCAUUUAAGAAAAUAUGUCAUUAUUUCAGAGAAAACAGACUGAGAAUAUUCAACAACAAUGUCAUUAUUAAAGUCAAAAUGGGAUUUUUCUUUAGUCGUAACAAUUUGACAAACAAUUUGGAAGUUUUAAUGACUAUAGAAAUUAUUUGGAAUAAUUUGUGAAAAAGGUAAAAUUUUGUCAUUUUAAUUUUAAAAAUAAUUCACGUCAUAAUAUUGAAGGAAAGAAAUCAAUAUGUUUGGACAAAAAAGAUGUUAUAAUUUACAAAAAAAGUAAAUAAUUUGAGGAAAAAAGUCGUAAUAAUUUAAGAAAAUAUGUCAUUAUUUCGAGGAAAAAUUAUUUCAAUUCAAGAAAGAAUAAAUGUCAUAUUAAUGAAGAAAAAAAUCAUUACAUUAUGAGAAAAAAAGAUGUUAUAGAUUCUAAAAUAGUCGAUGACAAUUUGGAAUAAUUUGAGAAAAAAGUCAUUUUAAUUUUAAAGAGAAUUUACAUCAUAAUAUUGAAGGAAAAAAAAUAUUAUUUUUUACAAAAAAAGUCAAUAAUUUGAGGGAAAAAGUCGUAAUAAUUUGAGAUACAUGUUCAAAUAAUAAUAAAUUUCAUAAAUAAAGUCUGAAUAAUUUGUUCCAAAAAAAGUACAUCUUUGAGAAGUCAUAUUAAUUAAAGAAAAUAUGUCAAUAUUUUAUAAUAAAAGAAUACUUUUUGAGAAAUGCAAAUAAUUAAAAGUUAACAACAGUUUGGAAUAAUUUGAGAAAAAGGGAAAAUUUUAAGGGAAAGGUCAAGAAAAUAUGUCAUUAUUUCAAUUUGAGGGAGAAUAUGUAUGUCAUAAUAACGAAGAAAAAAAUGUAUUCAUUGUAUUAUGAGAAAAAUAGACAUUAUAAAUUACAAAACAGUCAAUAAUCUGAGGAACAAUUUGGAAUAUUUUAUGAAAAAUGCCAAUAAUAAAAAGUCAACGACAGUUUGGAAUAAUUUGAGAAAAAGGUAAUUUUAAUUUAAAAAAGAAUUC